CAGAAACCUCGUCGACAUCUAAAAUCAUAACCCCUGUUUCCUUAAAAAACCACUUCGAAUAUCGUCUUUUCCGCUUCGCACCUAUCUCAACAUCACAGGGUUAGGGUUUUGAAAACCCCAGAAAAGACAAAAGAAAGAGGGAAAACCAAAACACAAUCCUCCACAGAAAAAGAUGCAGCAGCCAGCUCCGAUGAUCCCUGUGAUGCCUUCAUUUCCGCCCACUAACAUCACUACUGAGCAGAUUCAGAAGUACCUUGAUGAGAACAAAAAGUUAAUUCUGGCAAUAUUGGACAAUCAAAACCUUGGGAAACUUGCUGAGUGUGCUCAGUACCAGGCUCAACUUCAGAAGAAUCUGAUGUAUCUGGCUGCCAUUGCUGACGCCCAACCACAGGCGCCAACAAUGCCUCCCCAGAUGGCCCCGCAUCCUGCAAUGCAACAGGCAGGAUAUUUCGCUCAACAUCCCCAGGCAGCAGCAAUGAUGCAGCAACAGGGGCUUUUCCCCCCAAAGAUGCCGUUGCAGUUCAAUAACCCCCACCAGAUGCAGGAUCCACAGCAGCAACUACAUCAGCAACAUCAAGCUGCCAUUCAAGCCCAGAUGGCAAUGAGACCUACCGGGACCAACAAUGGUAUGCAUCCCAUGCAUCAUCCCGAUACUACAGUUGGUGCUGGCGGCAGUGGCGGCCCUACUUCAACCGCUGGUCCAAAUGACAUCCGCGGGGGUAGCAAGCAGGAUGCAUCUGAGGCUGGGGCAGCAGGUGGUGAUGGCCAGGGCGGCUCGGCUGCAGGGCACGGCUCCGGUGACGGAGAGGAGGGAAAAUGACAUGGCUUGAUUAAGUUAUUCCAUAUAGAGAUGCACGUGGCUGUUGAUAGUAGGUGUUUUGUACUUUAAAGCUAUUAUGGCAAUCUUCCUUGUUUUCUUUCUUCUAGUGUUCACAGAUUAGGUAGGUAAGUUUGUGUUGUAAGUCUCUUGGCAUGCAGUGAAUUCUGUCUUCAAAAAAUGGAACUACUGGGGGUAAGGGAGACUGUUUUUGGUUCGGUUCUUGGAGGUGGAAGCUUUGUGGUCUGUAAUUCCAUGUAUGUCAAAUGGUAGGUUAUAAAAAAUGCAUGUAAGCAUUCCAAAAGUUGCUCAUCUCAGCAAUAAAUUUUUGUUGACGAU